GACGUACACCUGAAGUCUGGAGCACAAGGGAAGGAAGGCCGCUGAGGAAAGGGGGAUAAAAAAAGAAAGGAAGGAAGGAAGGAAGGAAGGAAGCGAGCGAGGCAAAGGAAAAGAGGCAUAAUGCGCAGCAAAAAAGGCCUCGAAUUUGGACGGGUGCAGAAAUCGAAUGUUUCCUUCUGGCUGCAGGCGAUAACCUUUUUCAGUAUCGUCAUACGGUAUUGUAUCAUCGUCAUCAUUCAUCGUCGUGGUCGGCAAUGGCCUCGCCCUUUGUGUAGACGGUUGACAUGGGAAGGAAUCUCUCUCCCGAGAAUCUGCUGCACUAACCAGGUUUCGAGUAGAAGAAUCAACGAUCUCCCAUUAGGGUUUGGGUAGGAGUGGUGAAACCGUGCACUGGUGAACUGGUGAACUGGAUUGUGAUUGUCGGGACUGCUGGGCCCCACGGAGACGCCGUCAAUCAUCAGU